AUGGCAGAGAAACACCACAAUGAAGAAACAUCAAAAAUUCAAGAUUCCAGCCAAGACCCAUCAUUACUAUCCACUUCUUCAAGCCAUAAAUCCAAGAAAGAAGAGCAAGAAACAAUCAGAGAAUCCAAGAGAAGAAAAAAUUGUCCAUCAGCACUUGACAAAAUUGAAGAACUAACCCCAUCAAAUCCAAACUUUUCCUUCACUUUUGACACCCAAUUCAGCGGCAAUUCUCAAGAAUUCACACCCAAAUUUGGAUCUUUCAACUCGGUGGCAUCAACCCAAGAAAGAGUAGAUGAUUCUAGUCUUUGUUUUCAUCAUCAGAGCUUAGAACACAAAGAAGGAGGUGAUCAAGAAGAAAAAGAUAAGCAGCAAGUUGGGGUUAGUGAAGAAAAAAUGGUCAAUUUUAGCACACUGAGGAGGUCUGUUGAUGGGAUUAGAGAGAUUAAGUAA